AUGCCAGCCGUCCUCCAGUCAACUAUUGAUCUAUUAGAGACGGAACUGGCCAGGGCCAGGGCCGCACUGAAAGAAAUCCAACCUGAUACUGCACCCAUCUUGAUCCCCGGGGAUGAACUUGCCGCUGGGGCGAUUGCAGCUUAUCGUCGAAACCUCAUUGCACGAGCCUCAGACUUCUACUAUGGCUCCCGCCGCCUGUCUCCCAAGGAGGUGGGACUAGUCCCUGUCAUUCAAGAGGUACAGUCAGAUGAAGAAGAGGAUAAGGAGUCACGGCAAAAGCUUAAUGAUAUUAUUAUUGAGACGCCCCCCAAGCAAGUUUCCCUCGUGGACGUUCUCUCAAACAGCUUGAUUCUCGAUCAUAUGGCUCCAUACCUCUCAGUCCCAACACUGUUUGCCCUAGCCUCAACGUCGCACGUUCUUCGUACCGUGAUUAUGAAAACUCCGUAUAUUUUUCGGCAUCUAGAUCUGACCCAAGGUCCUGGGCACUGGCUUCCUAGCAAUUCAUCAAGGAGCUCGGAAGCCGGGAUUAGCAGCAAUGAAAGUCUGGAGAACUCCUUGACUGAGGAUGCACCCUAUUCAGUCCCUCUUCAAAGAAUAAUUGCUGGUCUGGGGCGGAGUUCUAUCCUUCAGGAUGUGCGAACUCUAAUCUUGGACGGUCUUUCUGUCCCCGCGGAGCUGGUUGCGGAACUUAUCUUGACAGACCGUUUCAAUGUAAACCUACUGUCGAUAAGGGAAUGUCGUCAUCUGAAUGAGCGUAAACUGAUACAAGUGCUUCAGCAUGCUGUCCGACCUUCGCGUCCCAAAGGGGCCCCUCGGGUGAAAGGCAUUUAUUACUUUACCCCUAUGACCCAGCCUCGAGCCAUGAUGCGGAGCCGCUACCGUGACUGGUGGAGUUCCAGAUGUACUCCUCCAACGAGCAACGGAGUUCUGGAGACGAAAGAAGGGCCGCCAUCCUCCGAUGACACUCGUGAGAGCGCAUUGUAUUAUCAGAAUGCGUGGUAUCGCCCCUCUGGAAAGCUCAUACCUCGCUCGAUUGACGAAGGCUGGGCUCAUACCAUUCAACAGUGCCAGGGUAUCAUUUCUUUCGACGCCGUACUGUGUCGUGGACCCCGGCAUAAUGUUGACCUCUACACUUCGCUAGAACAUGAUGAAGAUGGGUAUCGACCCGAAGGUCAACCACUCGGACCAGCAAUCGCUACAGUCGCCCUAGGGCCCAGAGGGUGCGACGGCUGUCGUACUUCACCAGAAGGCCCGGCAGUCUGGGGUGAAUCCCCUGAAAGGCAGUUUCCUUUGCUUGCCCCGCUCCCUUUGCAUUCGUCAUCUGUAGCUGUGGCGAAGCGUCCAGUGCUCUUUCCCGAUGUACACCCUAUCCUGGUUGCCCGUUGCGCUGAGUGCUUGACUGAUCGCUGGUGUCGUCGAUGCAACAAAUGGUUCUGCACGAACUGCCUACCGAGUCCCGAACGGGUGAGGACUAACUUAUCGCCCCAUCAAACUGCGGUAAGGGGGCCGCGAGCUAGCCAGGAUACAAGUUUGUCUCACGAGCGAAGGGUACGCUUCUCAAUGACUGACAAAACCCGAUAUGAACAGCCACCACUAACAUGA